AUGGCCCAGAUGCCCGUCCCGUUUGAGCUCCCAUUACGCGGGGAGGCUGGUCGUUUUGCUGGCUUGGCACUGAACAUCGACAAGACUGUGUUCGAUUCGUGCCUCUCCGAGGGGAGAGCUUGGAACGCGCCCGCGAGCGACUUGCGCGACAGGCGCCCCCUGGGGCUCCAUGGGCGUCGUCUGUCAGGACUUGGGCGCUGCCGCGCUGCCGUGGUGAACGUCAGCGACGGCUGCCACAACGCUACGGGCUGGCAGUCGCGGAUCGACAAAGCAUUGUGGCCGCCGCUGGAGGUUCACGCCCAGAUCCACCUCCGGCGCAGGUUCGACAUUGGCAGGGGCGCCCACAUGUGCCGCUUCUCCGCGCUGGUCGCCCUCCGCGUGCAGUCCGUGACCCUUCGUGCCGCCAUGAGCCUCUGGGCGGCGGCCACGAGCUGGUUGGAGCUUACUCGGCCGCGGAUGGACUGCCAGUUCGGGGAUUCCGUCGGGCUGGGCAUCGCAACGGCUCGCUCGGUGGACGCGCCUGGAGCCAACCGCGAGGACUGCUUAGGCAUUUGCCAGGCAGUCGGCGUCUACGCGACGGCACGGUGGCGGACAUUUGGCGACUGGACGAAGCCCGUCUGCACCCUGAACUGGGUGCACUACACCGCUGGACGCCCUGCCGCGGGCUGGGGCGCGGUCCUCUUCCGGAGCUGGCUGCUCAUUGUGCCCACGGUGGACGUCACUGGGGCAUACCCCGUCCUGGCCACGGCCCUCGCGUCGACCAUGCGCCCCUGCUUCCCAAGCACGGACGGCUCCUGGCAGCUGCGCGUCGCGUGCGCCCUGCUCCCCGUGGUGGGCGCCGCCGUCGUGUCCGACCUGCCGUAUCUGCUCGGGUGCGUGGGCCUGUGCAUGCUGCUCUUCGUGUUCAUCCUGCCGCCGAUCAUGAUUCUGCGUGCGGAGAGCCUGUGCCUGCGGCACUUCGGCGCGCAGGCGCUCUAG